GCGCGCGGGCGUUCAAGUGAACGCCUCUCAUGUGGCUGCUGCGGCCACUCCUCCUGGAACAACAGCACUCUCUGUUCUCCAACGCCGUUAAAUGACACAAUAAUAACCCAUAAAAAAGUGAUGUGCAGCGACUUUAAAGGACUCCAGCUGAUCUGCAACUUGACACAUGACGUUUGUCCGCGGCGAAGACCACAAUCCGAGGCGUCGGGACUCAAGAAAUCUGCAGGAAUAAGACGCGCAGUUGUGUAUUGACACUCUGGGGCAAAUCGUUUAACUUUAUAUAUGGAUGUUUAGCUUCGAGUGGAAGUUUUUUUUAUUUUUAAACAGUGAUAUGACCUUGGAAUAAAAGCCUCGGUGCACCUUAAAAGCAAGUAUUAUUAUAGCUGCAAGUAUUAUUGUAGCGUGAGCUCUUCAGGACACACGAUCCUCACGCACUUUUGCUUAAAGCGUGAUGAUCAUUAUAGGCUACCAUUAACGUGCGAGGAGAUGUUUCCAGUUGCUUUCACAUAGCCUACUGACCGAUGCCUGUAUUCAUUUAGGCAUUUAGUGGUAUAACGGCAUAGAGUUGUUGCACAAAGCAACUAAGUCUUUGUCCCGGGGCCCUUGGAGAGAUGGAGGGACAGGAUGGCAAAGGGAAUAAUAAUAAUAAUGACGGUAAUCAAAAGGCAGACAAGAGGUUUGCGCUGUGUUACAUGGGCUGGUCGUCUCUGGACAGCCGAACCACGCUGCCCAUGCUCCCGUGGCUGGUGGCGGAGAUCCGGAGGAAAAGUGAGAAGAACGAGCCCGGACCCGCACAGGCCAGAGAAGUCCAGCUGACUCUCUCGCCCUCUCUGAUCCGCUGCGUCCCCUCAAACAGCAGCAACCCGUCCGUGUUCAUAUUCGAACACAAAGCACAGUUUAUAUCCAGGUUUAUCCACAAUAGCCAUGACUUGUCUUAUUUUGCCUACCUUAUCAGAAGUCAACCAGAGAACCCAGAGUCUGAGAUGGCAUGCCAUGUGUUCAAAGCAUGCGAUCCAAAUCAGGUGCCUGAGGUUAUUAGCAGCAUUAGACAGGUGUCCAAGGCUGCACUUAAGGAGGAAAGCAAGCCCAAGCAAGAUAGUGAUGAGUCUUUCUACAACUCCCAGAAGUUUGAAGUACUUUACUGUGGAAAAGUGACUGUCAACUACAAGAAAGCGCCUUCAACUUUAAUUGACGACUGCAUUGAUAAAUUCCGCCAACACGAGAUUGAACGCAAGCGUCUGCGGCUCCUCAGUGGCCAGCGUAGCUCCACCGAAGCCCCCGUAGAGUUCAUCAUGGGUGACGACCCUCUUAGCUCCUCCCUCUGCGAAGUUGACGAACCCGAGGCAGAACAUGGCUCGAUUGAGGAAGACCUGUCUGAGUUGGCAAAUGGGAAACUGGCCUUGACCAACUCUUCCAGUACAGGCAGCUUGCGAGGGGCCUUUCCUGAGUGCAUUUUGGAGGACUCGGGAUUUGGGGAGCAGCAGGAGAUUCGUACGCGCUGUAAUAGCCUCGCGGGUGGCCUGCAGAAAAAGCCCAGAGAGACUGGCAAGGGGUCAACGCGUAGGAGACAUGCUAGCGCGCCCAAUAACGUGCAGCCUACUGAUGCUGACAAGAAUCGUACAAUGCUGUUCCAGGUUGGACGGUUUGAAGUGAAUCUCAUCAGCCCUGAAACCAAAACUGUGGUUCUGGAGAAGAAUUUUAAGGACAUCUCAUCCUGUUCCCAGGGUGUUAAACAGACAGAUCACUUUGGCUUUAUUUGUCGGGAUGUGGAGGUGUCUGGCCCAGCCCAGUAUGUGUGUUACGUGUUCCAGUGCGCUAGUGAGUCUCUGGUGGAUGAAGUAAUGCUCACCCUAAAACAAGCCUUUACCACAGCAGCAGCUAUGCAGAGCUCCAAGAACCAAAUCAAACUGUGCGAGGCUUGUCCAAUGCACGACUUGCACAAGCUCUGUGAGAGAAUUGAAGGCUUGUAUCCUCCCAGGGCGAAACUAGCCAUUCAGAAGUACCUUUCACAACUGAGCGACAACGAGCAGGUGAACAUAUUUGAACGGGUGCAGAAAAUGAAGCCAGCAUCUGAUCAAGAAGAAAACGAGCUUGUGAUUCUUCACCUCCGACAGUUGUGUGAGACCAAGCAGAAAUCUCAUGUUCAUAUUGGAGAAGUCUCACAGCAGAAUGCUUCUGGCAGCACUCUGACCUCUGAUAACUCCACUGCGGGCCGCAAUAAACUAGACUUGUUGAAGAACAAAGCCCGGAGUUCUUUGACGAGCUCCCUGGAGAACAUCUUAUCACGGGGAGCCAGCCGUAUGCGAAUGCGUCUGGGCAGUAUGGGAAGCUUUGACCGCGGCGACUCUCCUGGUGACUCCCCACCUGGGACUCCACCCAGUUACCUUGAGGACGACCCAGAUGCCCCGCAGUUCCGUCGCCGGGCACACACCUUCAGCCACCCGCCCAUCAAGAAGAAGAUCUCCUUCACUGAGGUUUCAUCCCAGGCCUGUAAGGCUCCACUGCGCCGGCAGCAGUCUUUGGCCCCAGAGCUGCUGCAGAGCAGCACUGUUGGUAUCUCAAGAGUGCGCAGUGUCUCUGAGAGUGACUCCUACUUCAGUCUCUCGUCCUCCUUCCACACCCCCACUUUCCUGAAAAGCUUUUACCAAGGCUCCCUUGGCUCACUGGCCUCCCUGUCGGACAGCGGGAGUCUUAAGAGUGGUAAUGGGGAGGGCAGGAAGAGGUCUCUGUCAGGCUGUAGCACCGAUUCUUUGACCUUGGUGCCUCCACGCAGAGUUUCUUGGCGCCAGAAGAUUUUCCUGAGGGUAGCGUCACCCAUGAACAAACCCUCCGCCUCUAUGCAAAACGUGGACCACAUGGAUGGCCGGGAGCUGCUGCCACUUUCUCCUCGGGCUUUGAACCAGGAUCAAGACUCUCAGGCCAGCCCUCUGUCCCCAGAGCAGGGCUUUGGUGGAGAGAAGUGCCGGCGUUGCCCAGCUGACUACAGGGCCCUGUGGAAGAAAGCUAUCCACCAACAGAUUUUGCUCAUCCGCAUGGAGAAAGAGAACCAGCGUCUGGAAGCCAGCCGUGAUGAAUUGCACAUUCGUAAAAUGAAGCUGGACUACCCGGAAGUGUGUCCGUGCUCCAAAGAUUUGCUGGCCCUGUGGGACAAAAAGUUGAGCAGCCCCUGCCGCACUAAAGUACAGUGGGACAAAGAAGAGAUCAACAGUGCCGUCUGCCAGGGUGUCCCCAAAAGUCGGCGAGGUGAGGUGUGGCUCCUCCUCUUCCAGCAGUAUCGUCUGCGUCACCGUCUGCCGCAGCGGCAGCAGUCUCCUGAAACGCCUUAUCAGGAUCUCCUCAAGCAGCUCACAGCACAGCAGCACGCCAUCCUUGUCGACCUCGGCCGGACAUUCCCAACGCACCAGUAUUUCAGUGCUCAGCUGGGAGCUGGACAGCUGUCUCUGUACAAUCUCCUGAAGGCCUACUCCCUGCUGGACACGGAGGUGGGCUACUGCCAGGGCAUCAGUUUUGUGGCCGGUUUGCUACUGUUGCAUAUGAGCGAGGAACAGGCUUUCGACACCCUCAAGUUCCUCAUGUACGAUCUGGGCAUUCGUCGGCAGUACCGUCCCGACAUGAUCUCCCUGCAGAUCCAGAUGUACCAGUUGUCCCGUCUGCUGCAUGACUAUCACCGUAACCUGUAUACUCACCUGGAGGAGCACGAGAUCUGCCCCAGCCUGUACGCCGCACCGUGGUUCCUCACUCUCUUCGCCUCUCAGUUCCCGCUCGGCUUUGUUGCGCGCAUAUUUGACCUCCUGUUUGUCCAAGGCACAGAGGUGAUCUUUAAGGUGGCCUUGUGUUUGCUGAGCAACCACGAGGGGGAGAUACUGGAGUGUGACUGCUUUGAAAGUAUUGUGGACUACCUUAAAUCCACCAUCCCCAACCUCACUCACAGCCAAAUGGAAGAGACGAUCAACAAGGCGACUGAAAUGGACAUCUCCAAGCAGCUGCACGCAUAUGAAGUGGAGUACCACGUCCUGCAGGAUGAGCUGUCAGACGCUCCUCCUCCAUCAGAGGAGUCUGAUAGGCUGGAUAAACUGGAGAAAUCCAAUGCCCAGCUCAAGAAACAGAACAUGGACUUGCUAGAGAAACUGCAGGCGGCUCGUUUGAAAAUUCAGACAUUGGAGAGCAGCGUGGAGAGUUUCCUGUCACGAGAGAGCAAGAUGAAGCACCUGAUCCGCUCUCUGGAACAGGAGAAAGCUUCCUACCAGAAGACCAUUGAGCGCAUGCGUAGCAGUUUGCCAUCAGAAGCCAUAGCCGAGGUGGAGAUGACACAGCUCAAGUCCAGCAAUAAUGGGAAAGCCAAAGCUGCCUGUAAAAAGCCUUGAAUGGCCGUCCUACUGAGUCCGACUGAUGCAUCAUAUCGGUACAUCAGUAGUGUUAGUCAGCUUCUUCCUCUAUGUUCCCAUCAUGCUUCACCUCUGAUGGCCUAAUUCAAUUUUUACAUUUGAGAAAUGGGAGCGUUUGACACUCUGCGGCUGCACUUAAACUUGAAAACAACACGGAAGUGUUUUCCUUUCCAAAGAGCAGCACGACUAGUCCACGUAUAUGCCGUGUUGCAUCGUGGCUUUGUGCUCACUGUGAAGAUUUUUUUGACCUGGCACUCCAAACCUGGAGUUUGGAGGAAACCAAAUAUUUACCAUGUCGACCUUUUGCUUAAAGUGCUUCACCUAAAGUGCAAGCAGGAAGUGAAACCAUCUGCUGCUGGGUUUCCUCUGCAACUUACAAACAGUCCUGCUGUCCAGACUUCCUAGCUUGAGCUCAUGGGCAUCAAGCGAAUCACUGUCUGAAGACAUGAAGAGUUUCUUGUCUUUACACCCUCAUCUUUAUUAUUGCACAGCAUUUCUGUGUGUGCAAUGAGGAAGUAUGCCUGAAAAACAUUGUGCUGGAUCCUAUGCCAUAAAUAUAUGUGCAUGUAAUCAUUCAAACACUGUGGAUAAUAAAUCCAAAAAUCCUGUGAGGAUUUUACUAUUGAUUUUGUCAUACAUUUUUUUUUUUUUUUAUAUUACAGGUUUUACUUGAUGUUAGUUCAUCUGGGCCUAAAGAUGAUGCAUUGUGUUAAACUGCCUGUUGGUAGCUAAAUAAGACUAUAUAUACAGCAGUGGUUCUCAAUUCCAGUAUUCGGGACCCACUGCUCUGCACAUUUUGUAUGUCUCUCUUAUCUGACACACUCAGUUCAGUUCAUUGAGUCUAUCCUAACGAGCUGAGGAUCUGAAUCAGGUGUGUUAAAUAAGGGAGACAUACAAAAUGUGCAGAGCAGUUGGUCCCGAGGACUAGAGUUGAGAAUGAAACAAUGAGCAGAACAGUUAUAUAGGAUUAUCUACUUGAACACUCAUUCUUGUUUGUCUGUCUUCAAAUUGUUUUGAUGGUUCAAUGAAUGAAUCACAGUUGUAGUAAGAUGGUAAAACUCUUCGGUAAAGCGCAGUGUUCGCAAACUUAAUCAAGAGCUUCUUUCUGCUACUUUAUGCUUGUGUGAAUAUAUGUCAAAAGUGGCAUAUUAAGAAGUGUUACUGCUGGGCUGGUGGUGGUUACCAGUGGUGCGUAAAAUAUGUCUAAUCUUUAUUCUAGAUAGUGGUUUUUGAUUGUUUUUAGAUAGUUUUCUUGGAUCUCUUUUAAAAAAAAUACAUUUCUGUUACAUUGUGGAUUAAAAAGACGUGCAUCUCUUUAGAGAGAGUGGAAACAUGCACAUGUUUAUCCAAGGGCUGCAAAUAAAUCGCCUGUUCAGAGAAGGUACAUGCCAGCAAUGCUUCUGCACCAAAGUUUAACAGUGUGAAGGACGGGGGAGAAAGAGCGCAGUCACAUUGUCCAACUUUUCAAUAUUUCUCAGUGAUAUCAUGUCUUCAUACAGAAAAAGAAAAACAUAAAGCAAAUGUUCUGAUGGUGCGUUUGAUACAUCAUACUUUUCAUACUUUACAUUGUGUGCCAAAACCAUUACCCUCACUUUUCCAUUAUCACAUGCCGCUGUUACUUUUCAGCACAACAUUCAACACAAAGAUUCUGAGUUUUCUUGGACUUCAUUCAUUUCAGAUUUACUUUUGUUUUCAAUGGAUCUUUGUUCAUCAUUGAAAGUGUGUGUACUGACAGUGUCUCGUGAUUGUUCCUUUUGAGUUGUCAGUCCUCCAUACUCCAUUAAAACUCCAAUGUUUUAUA